UCAGAAAAUAAAAUCAUCAGAAAAACAAAAAAAAACAUAGAAAUUUUCAAAAAAUUUAAAAAGAAAUAAAUCACUCUAACUCUCUUCUUUUCCAUCUAACAAGAAAAUGGCAAAAUUUCCAUUAGGAAUAUGUCUAAUGUUUAUGAUAACAACAAGUACCAUAUAUGAAGUGCAAGGACAUUUCUUAUUAGACCAUUACAUGAAGAAAAUUCCUAAAAUAUCCAGCGAGUUCGAACCUUUCGCUUUCAAGGGUAUACUUAGUUUUAUAGACCACCUUGAGGGUUUAUGUCCCCUGAAGGUGGAGUACAAGGAGUUCUUCACAAAGCUGAAGGAUUUCAUGGCCUUUAUAAACUCAGCAUCAGGGUCGUCCGCAGAGUUCCAUACUCAGUUGAAAACAAAAUCUGAGGAGCUCUUCAAGGCUAUCACAAAAAUGGGUGGCACAGCAGGAGCAUCGGCGCAUACAACCAAAUUGAUAGAAAGUUUGGUGUCGAUGGGAAAAACUUUGGCUGAGUACAAGAGGAGUGGUUCACAAACACUGACAAGUGAACAAAGGACAGAGCUGGUCACAUCUAUGUCGAGAUGGGCACAAACGAUCGGUCAGUUUGUGAAAAGCGUAACUGAGACGAAUGGUGGCGGUAAUAUAGAUCUCAAAUCCCUUGGCUGUGGAGGUGCAACCGGCAUCUCUACCUCCAUGGAAACUGGAAGCACGGCCACUGGUUCUACCUCCAUGGAAACUGGAAGCACUGGUGGCAGUGGAAGUCCAAGUGGGGACACCGGUUCCCCUUCAGCUGAAACUGGUAGUCCUGCUGGUAGUGAAAGUGGUUCUCCAUCUAAUGAAACUCCUGCUGAAGGUGGAAGCGGUAGCCCAAGUGGAAGCCCAAGUGACAGCUCAUCAGGAGCAGGCUCCACGGGUAGUGAAACCUCCGCUGAGGCUGAAAGUACAGCUGGUGCCGGUAGUGGAGUGGGUGCUGGUGAAACUCCUGGUGCUGCUGGACCGAGUGGAAGCCCAACUGAUAGCCCGAGUGAAUCAGAAGAAAGUUCCAAAGAUGAAAGCUCAAAAGAAGAAAGCUCUAAGGAUGAAAGCUCCAAAGAUGAAAGCUCUAAGGAUGAAAGCUCUAAGGAUGAAAGCUCCAAGGAUGAAAGCUCCAAGGAUGAAAGCUCUAAAGAUGAAAGCUCUAAGGAUGAAAGCUCCAAAGAUGAAAGCUCUAAGGAUGAAAACUCCAAAGAUGAAAGCUCCAAAGAUGAAAGCUCUAAGGAUGAUGAAAAGGAGGAUGAAAGCUCCAAGGAUGAAAGCUCCAAGGAUGAAAGCUCCAAGGAUGAAAGCUCCAAGGAUGAGAGCUCAAAAGAUGAAAGCUCAAAAGAUGAAAGCACUAAGGAUGAAAGCUCCAAAGGUGAAAGCUCUAAGGAUGAAAGCUCCAAAGGUGAAAGCUCAGCUGAAUCAGGAGAAAGUUCCAAGGAAGCUAGUGGUGGAAGCUCUACUGAGACCCAAAGUGAAACUGGUGCCGAAAGUGGAAGCACUGCCGGUGGUCCUAGUGGUGAACCCUCUGGCGAUGCUGGUGCCGGUGCUCCAAGCGGAAGUACAUCUGAUAUGUCGGCAGGAGGAGCAAGUGCUUCAGGCGGUGCGAGUGAAACUUCAACUCAAACCUCUGCCGAAGGAGAAAGCUCAAUGAAUAGUGGAGGUUCCUACGCGGACACUACAGGUGGUAGCGCGGAAGGUUCCGCCAGUAGCCCUUCUGGUUCAGCGUCGGGUAGUAGUGAGACCUCCUCCAUCACCGGUAGUGAAAAUUCAUCUUACCAAGCUGGAGGAUCAUCUGCCGGAGGCCCGAGUGGAAGUACAACGGAAGAAAGUUCGGAGGCUGGAGCUGCGGGUUCAACCGAAGGUGGUAGUGGAGCCUCAGUAAAUCAAUCUGUCAAAGGAAAAGUGGGGGCAACGAGCUAUGAAGGUUCUUCUAGCUACAAAAAGUCACACUCACAAACCUCAGAGUCAGGCCAGAGCAGCUUCAAAACAGAGAAAAAAGCCGGCUCGUCUUAA